UGGAGGUAAGGAGCGGAAGAAACAUCAGUGGAUUCCAAAUUUCGAGACCAACUGCCCUUUUCUCCACCAGCCUCCUCGAGGAUCCCUGAGCUGCUCAGACUCUUCAACUCUCUCUUCCUCCAGAGCAGCAACUCAGCCACUCACUCAGCCACCCUCUCUCCCUCACACACUCCGAUCUCCGUCAACCUCCUGCUCCUGUGGCUGUAACUGUCUCCUGACUCCUGACUCCUGUCACAGCAUGCAGCUCCUGGUGGUGUUGGCAACUCUCAUGGGGGUUCUGUUCAGCGUCCGAGCAGCCGCCGUGCUUCCCAUGGAGGAUAGGAGCUCCAUCAACGUGAACAGGGAGCUGAGCAAAGAGCGCAAGGAGCUGAUCCUGAAGCUGGUGUCCGGCUUGUUAGACGGAGCCGCGGACGCCAACAUGCUGCCGGGGGAAGCGGCACCCGUGGAUUUCGAGGAGCCGCUGGAGUCCCGUCUGGAGGAGAGGGCGGUGUACAACCGGCUAUCACUGCCUCAGCGCGACCGCAAAGCGCCCUGUAAAAACUUCUUCUGGAAAACUUUCACCUCUUGCUAACAGUUCUCUGCCCUCCGACCCCGCCAGCUCCUCAUGAACUGUAGUAGAACCUCAGCUGUGCAUCUCAUCUGCGCCUGUCCGACAUCGGUGGACUUCACUGGCACGACGUGGCACAAUGUGACACGACGUGUUUAAAUAUGAAUUAUUUAUGUAUCUUUUUAUGUAUACAAUCUAUGUAUUUAUGUAUGUUGCCGUUUAUGUAAGGGUCAAUAAUAAAGCAUGGAUAACGUAAGUACUUUUGUAAAUUAUUCAAAAAAGAAAAGGUCAUAUUUUCCACCUGCUUCAACAAUAUAAAUGCAAAGUCUGAAUCUUG